AUGGAUAAGCGCAGCUAUUGUCAUGGGGAUUUCGUCCUACUUUAUCUCAGUGGGGCCACGUCAUCAACAUGCAUUAUAUUGGGAGAUACUUGUGAGUUUGACCGGGUCAACUCCCCCCUCACGUACAGUGAAAUGAACUUUGCAGUCGGUCAUAUCCGUUGUUAUAUUCUUUUUCGCCUGCGUACUAUCUUACCUCCUGUUUCGGAAUAUGGCAAGAUUCACAUGGGCGUACUAUGUGCUUACCAGCUAUGUAGGUGGUUAACAACGUUCAUCUUCGCAGCCCAGGAUUACAAUCUUAAUAACUGCAAGCUGAGCUCCCCACUAGGGGUCUCAUGUGCCAUAAAAAAGGCGAAUGAGUCCUUUAUGUUUAUAACAUUGUAA